CAGAAACAGAUAACCAUAGAUUAAAUCCUUGACGACGGGCCGACCCAGAAGUGCCGAUUUCGCAAUCGCUGUGACCAAUCAUGGCAAGUCAUCUGCCAACAGCGAUGCGCCCGUGUGCGACUCGGCGGCUAAAUCAGCUUUGUUGAGAGAGUUCCGGUAGGCAGUCACAAGACAAGGCUGUAUAUCGCAGAUGACUGCGGUCACUUGCGAGGUGAAUAAUAGAUCGGCAGCAGGUAUAAAUAUAUGAGGCUCUUUUCCUCUUUCUUGUAAAUAGUAAAUUAUUUCUUGUUAGCAGCAUUCAGCUGUUGUCCCUGUCUAGAUAAAGUAUCCUUUCAGUCCAAAAAUGACAGAAUCUUCAUCGUGGGCUUUCCAAAAGCCAUACGAAUAUUACUCGAGUUUUGAAAACCAACCCCACCUUUGCGACAAAUUUCGCGACAUUGAUGACGAGGCGAACUUCCGGACAUAUUUACACCUGCUCGAGGACGCGCACACGCAUAAUUUCGUGCUAGACUUUGGGAAUGAAGACGCAUGGUGCGCAGUGGAUCUGGAAAGGGACGACAUCGCGUCGCUACUUUGCAGUCCAAGACCAAGAUGUAUUGGAACACGGUGGAUUAAUAUCUGGGCGCCAGAGGAACAGAAAAAGAUGAUCAAAACGAUUAUGAGCCAUUAUGGCGUCUCAGAACGAUUGCAAGGAAUGAUGUGCACAGAGCCGGUAGUACAAAUACCGACACCGAAGCCCGAAGAACCGGUUCCUAGUUCCCCCGGUGCGAGUACUCUUCGUUCGAGACGUUCGCGACACAAAAGCUUUAAUCAGCCAAGCCAGACCCGAGUAGAUGACCUCGAGAGCGGGGUUUCGUUGGGGGAUUUGGAUACCGAGGAGAUUCACAGAGCUGCGUCGUUCAAGGGCCUCACAUUCGCGCAGGUUGCAAACCAGAUUUGGCAUUUCUGUUCUGUGGAUCAUGGUCCGAGAUAUACUUGUAUCGGAUAUAAUUCCCUCUAUGUGACUUCGAAAGUUCAGAUAAGCAAUGGGAAAGAUUUACCAGAUGGGAAGCGGUUGUGGUCAUGGCUCAUACUUUUCGACGAUGGUACCGUCGUGUCGAUACAAGAAAACCCCUAUCCCAGACCGGCAGGACCAUUACCAGAUGAAGCCAGAACCGUCCUAGGAACAGUCCGCAGAAACAUCCGAUUCAUUUUCUCUGGUGUAUCUAGUCAGCAUUCUGCCACAUCUGAAAGUGAGUCGCUGGUCACGAUUAGGGUACGGGGUCUCAACAGCAGCGCUGCGCCAGACCAGAGUAUCAAACAAGAAGACAGUCCUAGCCUGCUUUUCUACUAUAUAUUCGACGACUGGUUUUCGAGUUAUAGUCUUGUUGCGAAGCGUGAGCACAAGUAUGGAGUGACACUUGAUCAGUUGAGAGAAGAUAUGUUGACCAGACCCGCGGUCGAAUUGGUUGACGAACUACACUGGCUAGGCCGACAAUUGGCGGUUCUGAAACGGGUAUACCAAAGCUACGAACUCAUUAUGUGGCGUCUCCUACAGCGACAACGCCUGCUCCGUGAGGAAGCAAAGAAUCGACCAGCGUUCACAAUUGGUAACGCAUUUAUGGAGAGCGAGUUUGGAGACUUGCGACAGCCGAUACAGCAGAGCAACCUAAGCUUGAUCAGUAACUAUGAUACUCAAGUGGGAGUUCAGUUGAGCUCUGCAUCUGUGGCUCGAUUUGAACGAUUAUUGGAUCGGAUUAAGCUCUAUUGUCUGUCGGAAAUUGAUGCAUGUUUGGUAGAGAAGGAGUCUUUGACAUUCCUGAACUUCAACCUAAUUGCCUUGAAAGACUCCCAAGCCGUCGAGAGGUUAACAAGAGUAACCGUUCUGCUAGCCAAAGUGACAAUCCUGUUCCUGCCCGUCAGUCUAAUGACUGGAUAUUUCUCGACUGAACUUGUGGAAGUCAAAGGCGUAUACACGAUCAAUCAGUACUGGGUGAGCUUUGGGGUGAUUGUGUUCCUGUCGUUUGUCCUGCUGGUGGUGUUUGGUGUUGCUAGUGAUACAGUGGAGGGGAAGACAAUUUACGCGUCAUUGUUCCGGACGUUCUUUCGGUUUUCGAGGCAUCGGAUGUCGCGUCCUGGAAGGGAGGGCGUUGAGCGGAGCUGAUUCAUCAGGAAAUAACAAAGAAUGGUGUUGUUAUUCUUGUAUUUGUAGCUAACAGAGAAAAUCAAUAUACCCCAUGCUUUUAUCUGUGAGACUGAGUACAACAGAUAUAUGACAGAUUAAUUAGGCAUGGCUGGUGUCCCAUUCCAACUUUCUGCUAAAGAAAUUUAGCAAUGUCGAUAAGAUCCUGCGCAUUCAGCUGGAUAUCCUUUUCACGGGGUCCCGGCCUACGAUCAAGCAAAGCCCGAGAGUGAAUGUACAUCCGCGUGUUCUUAAUUAUUCGAUCCUGGCU